AUUCGCGGAUCUCACAAAUCGGAAUUCUGAAGCAAUUCGCCGGAAUGGCAUGAUUGUAGUGAAGGUCUCUCUUUGGUCUAGAGUCGUGACAAAUCCGACCAGAAAGUUGUUAUUUAAUAGGAAAUGGGUACAAUGGUUUCGGUGCUUUGUGUUUGCUGAGUUCAUGUUGGUGGAGUUUCUGAGAUAUGGUGUUGAAGAAGAGGUUGGACUAUGGAUUCAAUGGCUACCAAGUGCCUGCCACGCCCCAAGCAUCAAGAUCAGCCAGGGGGAGAGGUUGUGUUAGAAAGAAAGCAGAGAUCAAUCAGAUUUGUGCAUUUGACUUACUAGCCACUGUAGCUGGCAAGCUAUUACAGGAGGGGAAAAAUUCACCUUCUUCAAGUACUGUUAAACAGGAACAAGUGGAUGAAGAGAAUCAAUUAAAAAUAGAAUCUUGUGAUCAUGGAAGCUGCAAUGAGAGUGUGUGUGUCUCAGAGCUCAGCAAACAUAAUUAUAUAUCAAAGGAACUCUUACAUGUUCAGAGUGUUGGAGGUUCAGGACUCACAUCUGUAAUAACAAAUCCCAAGCAUUCAGAGAAGUAUGGUUCUGCUGAGGAGUUAGUAGUUGGCAACAGCAGCAGUAGUUUUGGAAACUAUCCUAACAAAGUAGAGAGAGGCUUACCUGGGUUUGGCAAAUAUUGUGAAGACAAAGCAGAGGAUGGAACUGAGAGACUGGUGGAUGCUGAGGCACAAAAGAGUGGAAGUGUGAUCAAUGGAACUAUCCCAUAUACAAGCAGUAGGGAGGAUCCAAUGGAAUUGGAUAUGAAACCUCAUGCACUGCUCAGUUCAGACAGCAGUGUUGAGGUGCCUUUGUGCAGAGACCAUGUUCCUCAUGAUUCUUUUCCUAGGCGUUGGGAUGAUUUGAAGGUUGUUAGUAGAGAUGAUGACGAAAACUCUUCCGGUUGCACUCAACCUAGCAAUAUAACUUCAAAGGGCUUCAGGUCUCCAUCACAUAUUGGAGAACGGAAGAUAAGGAAGUUGUUGGCUUCCAAAUAUUGGAAAAUGGCUCCAAAGCUGAAAGAUGAGGAUAUUUCAAACAGUGAUGGGGAAAUGAAGCCUGUUCACCGCAAGCGGAAAAACUCUUAUACACGUCAGAGAUCACAGAGGAAUUCUCUAUUUAAGAAGAGAGAGCUAUUUGAUGGAAGCUCCAUAUUAACAUCUGAUGGUGGGAUCAGUAGUGAAGGCAUUUCUAACUCACCCAUAAAGGGCAUUCAUGGAGAUGUAGCUGGUUCAGGUGCAACAGUGCAUGGAGCUAGUGGUGCUUCAUCUUCUGUGGCAGGUCAUCAAGCAUCCUUCCACUCAAGGGCAUCUCAUGUGAAGCUUCGUAUCAAGUCCUUUCGUGUGCCAGAACUCUUCAUUGAAAUUCCUGAAACUGCAACUGUUGGUUCACUGAAGACGACAGUUAUGGAGGCUGUCACUGCUGUACUAGGAGGUGGACUACGUGUUGGUGUACUUCUUCAGGGGAAGAAGGUUAGAGAUGACAACAGAACUCUGCUACAGACUGGAAUAUGUAAUGAGGACAAGCUGGACACUUUGGGUUUUACGCUGGAGCCUAACCCCACUAAUGUUGCCCCUCCUUUGUGUACUGAAGAUCCUUCCUUUCAACUUCCUGAUGAUACACCUCAACCACUAAUCAGGUAUCCAACCACUGCUGUUUUAGAUCCAGGGACUUCCAUUGGCUCCCCAGAUCCACCAGUGACCAGCAUAGGUAACUGUGUUGAAGGUAACCAUGAUUCAGUUCCCUCUCCUGCUGACAUUUCUGCGGACAAAACAACAUCUGAUUGCAGAGCACUUGUUACUGCUCCUGCUAUGAGUGUUGAGGUGUUAUCUUUGGUUCCAUUCAACCGAAAAUCUAGGCGAUCUGAAAUUGUACAGCGCCGGAUCAGAAGGCCUUUUUCGGUAUCGGAAGUGGAAGCACUUGUUCAAGCAGUCGAGAAACUUGGGACUGGAAGGUGGCGGGAUGUUAAGUUACGUGCUUUUGAUAAUGCAAAGCAUCGAACCUAUGUGGACUUGAAGGACAAAUGGAAAACACUGGUGCACACGGCAAGGAUUUCCCCUCAGCAGAGGAGGGGAGAACCCGUUCCCCAGGAGCUCUUGGACAGGGUCCUCUCAGCCCACGCUUACUGGUCUCAGCAGCAAGCCAAGCAACAGUCCAAGCAACAGUCAGAGACAUGCCUUCUCCUCUGAAACAAUUUAGAAACCAAGAGGAGUUAGGAAUAUUUAGAAUUCGGAGUUCUUUUCUCUGAUUAUUUUGUAAAAAAAAAAGUUUUUAAAUUGAUGAUGACGAAAAAAUGGGGGUACUGAAGAAAUUCAUGUAAUAUUCUCACACUCACCAAGCUUCUGACUCGGCCAGAUUGUUCCUUUCACUGGAAAUGUUGGCAAUUGUAAAUGUUCACGGAAUAAGAGUACGGUAUCGGAAUUGGUCUUGGUCCGUCCGACAUCGGAAACACCGGAGUAUUGCAGUCCAUUACAUUUCAUCCUUACCAUUCAAUUAGAUCUGAUUUGAUUCCUUGUUGAA